AGUGGGGGACUCAGCGUCCAACGCCCGGCGCCUCCUGGCAGCGGCAGGGCCGGAUAUCGUAAGAGAGGGUCCAAGGGUCAGAGACACAGACCAGUGACCUGCUACGAUUGCGGAGAGGUGGGCCAUUUCGCGCGAGAGUGCCCGGAACGGAGGAGACGCUGGCGAGAGUUCGCGGAACAGAGGAGACGCCGGCAAGAGAAGGUCGACCAUCAUGGGCCACGGCAGUACAGUGGGAAGUUGAUUGCACAGCGUAAUGAGCUGCAGGCGAUGAAGAAUGUCAUGCAGCAAGCGCACGACAAACAUGUGCAGGAGGUGGGACAGCUUCGGAGUCAAUUACAGAAGCAGCAGGGGCAGGACACGCGUCAGCGCGUGAUAGAGACGCUGGGACAGGACAACUCCAAGCUGAAGCAGAAGAACGACCGAUGCCAGCGUCAGAUAUCUCAGCUGACGGCCGAGGUGCAGAAUCUGCAGGCUGAGCGCACGAACAUGGCUCAGCGCAUGCAGAACGAGAUCGAUCAGCAGGUGACCUACUACCAGGAGAAGUUCAUGCAGUCGGAGAGAGCCAACCAUGAGAUGGAGGGCAGCAUCUCUCAGCGUACGGAGGUUGAGCACACGCUGCAGCGGCAGCUAGCUGAGGUGACGGAGGAGCUACAUAAAGAGCGUAUGCAGCAUGUGACGGCCGACUCCGAGCUAGCGAAGGCCAAUGCGCUUACUACGGCCGCCCAGGAGGAGUCGACGAAGCUGAAGAACCGAUUGAACUCCCUUCAAAGCAGCGAGACAGAGCAGCUACAGUUGGUGAAGGAGCUGGAGGGAAAGCUACAGGAACAGGUGUAUGUGCGGUCAGAGCUAGAGAGCAAGGUGCAGGACAUGCAGCAGCAGAUGAAUGCACUCAUGCUCGAGCUACCGGAACUGAACGAAGCCAAGGAGAAGAUGUUGUUGCAGGUGGGCGAUCGGAAAGAGAGGGACAAGAGGAUGUUGUCCAGAGUGUCAAUGGUGACCACGUCGACGACACGUUGA